AUUGUCGAGCAUCCAUUGCAGCUGGUCAUCAUUUCUCUUCUUAACAUUUAGAAAUUAAAUUUAUCAUUUCUCUUCUUAAAUUUGUAUUUAAUUAAUUAAUUUAAAAGACAAUUAUGGAGUGGAACUGGCUGAAAGAUUUCUUGAAAGGGAUGAUCAAGCCAGUAGCAGCACUUGCAGUGGUGUUUAUGGCAGUGGGAUUAUCUUAUGUGCAGAAAUUAGGACUUGAAGGAGAAAUGAUUUACUCAGUAUUCAGAGCAUUUGUUCAACUAAGCAUCAUUGGUUUUGUUCUUCAGUUCAUUUUCAGUCAGAAAAAUGCUGCUUGGAUCAUUCUUGCUUAUCUAUUCAUGGUUACAAUUGCUGGUUAUACGGCUGGACAACGUGCCAAACAUGUACCUAGGGGAAAAUACAUAGCUGGAGUUUCCAUUCUUGCUGGAACUGCUGUUACUAUGUUUUUGUUGGUCAUUUUGAAUGUCUUCCCUUUCACCCCUCGCUACAUCAUCCCUGUCGCGGGGAUGAUGGUUGGCAAUGCAAUGACAGUCACUGGCGUUACCAUGAAAAAACUCCGCGAUGACAUCAAGAUACAAAUGGCCCUGGUAGAAACAGCAUUGGCUCUAGGGGCAACUCCUAGGCAAGCAACACUACAACAAGUGAAAAGAUCACUAGUUAUUGCUCUGUCUCCUGUGUUAGACAAUGCCAAAACAGUUGGUCUUAUAUCACUUCCAGGUGCAAUGACAGGGCUUAUUAUGGGAGGAGCUUCUCCUCUGGAGGCCAUUCAAUUGCAGAUAGUUGUAAUGAACAUGCUUAUCGGGGCAUCAACUGUCAGUAGCAUCUUCUCGACAUACCUAUCGUGGCCUUCAUUCUUCACAAAAGCUUACCAGUUAGAAACCAAAGUUUUCUCCUCAGAAUGAAGAAGGAAUUUUUUGACACUGAAUUUUACUAGUGAAAACAAAAUUUUACUCAUGAAACAGCCUAUUUUUGUUAUAGCGUGUCACAAAGUUAGAACAUCUAAUGUUGUCUUCUUGGAUGAAAAAAGUGCUUCCAGAUUAGUGAACGAUUCUCGGAGAUCGGUGAUUACGAGAAACGUGCUUUGAUAGCUCUUUCAGAUUUGUACAUAUGAUUUGCAGCAA